CGUUGCUGCACGGAAUUAGAUCGGAAACGGAUUAAACAUGAACGCUCGAUGUGCUGCAAAUCAGAUCCAGUGGAUGUUGAGAAAUACCACCUCAUCCGUAUUUAGUCCGCUACAGUCAAGCAGAUGCUUCCAGCGUCGAUUGCUGUGUUCUACGAGCAGCAACCUUCUGCCAAGUGAUGCCAACAAUGAGCCGGCGGGGGCAUCCCAGCAGACACACACCAUUGCAGAAUUCUCCCUUCCCUGUCUACUUGACAUGGGCUUUACGCAAACACAAGCCAUGGAACUCUAUGACUCGCUGUGCAAAGCCAAAAGUGGAAGUGCCGCCAAGACUCGUCUGUCAACACUCACCGUUCUGUUCAUGUUGGGCCUCAAUCCCUCCAGCGUGUGGAAAGUACUGACUAAAUGUCCUGACCUUUACAUCAUCAAAGAAUCGGUUCUCCAGCAGCGGAUAAGCUAUCUGCGCAAACUGGGUUUAGUGGAAGGAAGUCUGCAGCGGGUGGUGUCACACUACCCUGCCAUCCUGACUUUGCCCACGAAGAUGGUCAAAUACAAGACGAUGUUCCUCAGGGAAAAGUGUCUUUUCACUGUGCAGCAGGUCACUGACAUCCUCAGAGACUGUCCAGCUGUCAUGCAUGAAGAUCUAGUUCAGCUAGAAUACAUGUUUCAGUAUGUCUACUUCCGAAUGGGCAUUAAACAAGCACAGAUGGUGAAGCACAAGUUGUUUCGAUCCACGCUGGAAGAGCUGCGCACGCGGCACUCUUUCUUGGAGCGCCGGGGCUUGUACCAAACACCCGACAAGAAGGGGCAGACCGUUAUUGUCAACCCCAAACUGGACAGCAUCCUCAAUGUGGACCUGGACACCUUCCUGGAGCACGUGGCCAAAGCGUCAGCAGAAGAGUAUGACGUCUUUCGGAGACUGGUAGUCAGAGAGUGGAAGGAGGAGGAGUAUUCCCACAAAUACAGGCAAGCAGAGAGUGAGGACGAUGACAGUCACAGCGACGGUGAUGAUGAUGAUGAUGAUGAUGAAGAAGAAGACAAAAAGGAAGGCAAAGCAAGCUACAUGAAGAAAAGAAGAAAGUAGCGUCACUUGAAUGGGCACACUGUGAGGAAUGCAAUCACAUCAAAAUAAUACAAAAUAAAUCUACAUUAAAGUGGCCUGGUAGAAAUGUAA